UUAUCGGUGACGUUUGGAGUUUGGAAGGUCUUUAGCAUCUUGUCAAUUGUAGCUUCCGUUUCCGAGCGUUUCCUUUAAUUCCAUCUUGUCUAUGUUUCAAAAUUGAAAUAUACAUGAAAUAUUUGUUGUUUUUGAGGUUUCCAUAAAGUUGAAGUAUAUUUAAUAGUAUUUUAUGCGCGUUUAGGAUUUCAAGAAAAGGUACAAUGUCAUAAUUAUGCCAUGCAGGAUUAGAGGCGAAUACGUGGCUGCAUUGUGAAAAAAUACGCUUCACAAAAAGGAGUAAAAAUCAGUGCCACAUUAAUAAAACAGUGCAUUAUGUGGACCAGCCUGAGGUGCCCCGUCGGUGGCUGUGCAUUAAUUAUUGGACACCGAAACGAGGAGACAAUUCGCCUGAUGGUUGCUGACUAACCCCGAGAUCCGUGCGAUGUGUUCGACUACGAUGGGUGCCUUGCUGACGUUGGCGUAUUUCUUGCACUGCGAAGGUGCAGCGUCGGCGUCGGCUCUCAACGACCGCCCUAUCAUCGGAGUAUUGGCGCAGGAGCAACAUUACAAGUUCUGGGACAAGUAUCCCGAGGACUAUACUAGUUACAUCGCGGCAUCGUAUGUUAAAGCUUUGGAGGCGUCCGGAGCAAGAGUUGUGCCUAUAAUGAUCGGGAAAGACCGUUCUUAUUAUGAAGACAUUAUGGGCAAAUUAAAUGGUGUCCUUUUCCCUGGCGGAGCAACAUACUUCAACCAGUCCAAUGGUUUCGCGGACGCCGGCCAACACAUCUACGACUUAGCCAUCGAAAUGAAUGAAGCCGGGGACUAUUUUCCUGUCUUCGGCACCUGUCUUGGCUUCGAGCUAAUCAUCAUACUGGCAUCCGGCCGAGGGCCGGUAGAAAACAGGGUCACUUGCCACUCUUUUGGGAAUAAUCCGCUUAAUUUUACUCGUGAUUUCCGCAGCAGUAAGAUGUACAAGAGCGCAGAUGACGACAUCAUCAAUAUACUAUCCCGCGAAGACAUUACAGUCAAUCACCAUCAAUUUUGCAUCGUGGAUGAGAAUCUGAAGUCUCACAACUUGACUAAAGACUGGCGCGUAACGGCGCACAGCGACGACGCCAAUGGACUGAAAUUCAUAGCUAGCCUGGAACAUAAUAAGUAUCCAUUUUACGGCGUCCAGUUCCAUCCAGAAAAGAUCUUCGAAUGGAAACAAACCAAGACUUACUCUCAUAGUUUUAAUGCGAUCAAAGCGAAUCGUCACUUCAUGGAUUUCUUUGUGAACGAAUGCAGAAAGAACCACCAUUCGUUUGCUGACGCGGAAGAAGAAAAUAAGUGCCUUAUUUAUAAUUAUAACACACAUUUUACCGGCGCUGAAGGAAGUGCAUACGAACAGUGCUAUUUCUUUGAGCCCAGAAAUGUUGGAAAAAAUAAAGUAAAUUAUACAAUUGUUGCAAUUUAAGAGACGUUGUGAACGUAAUUAUUCAUUAGUGAUCUAAGUUUGUGCUAUGUGUAGUGAAUAUUUUAUAGUUAUAGAAUAGACUAUUUUAUAUUCAUGAAUUUUUAAA